AUGGACAAACGCCCUAGGAGGAGCACCACCAAUAAAAAGUCGCUCGGCACACUCCUGGAUUCUCAUGCACCUGCGAAGACGAGAACCAUCAAGAACCGUAACGACUGUCCUUGGUUCAAUCCUGAUAUCUCCGCAGCUAAGAGGAAACGUAGGAAACUUGAACGUAAAUGGCGUUCCAACGUUAAGCUAUACAUCGACAGAGAACUAUGGUGUGCUCAGAAGAACUUGGAAUUCAAUGAUGGCCUCCUCUGGCAAGAAGAAAGGGAGUUAACCCGAGCCCUGUAUGCUUCACUACAGAGACCUAGAUCAGAACAGGACAUUGCAGAUGAUGAACUACAAGAGAACCUAAAGCUACAGAGCAAAGAAUCUAAGAAUCAAGGCAGUGAACUCCCUCUAGACUUACCACAGGCUGAUGUGCAGUUGGGUGCAGAACCACACUUUGUGGAAUUUCCAGCUACAUGUACAGACAGCAGCGCAGAACCUCUUCUCUUGAGUGAACCCCAAAGGCUGUCUGAUAUCACUGAGCAACAAAGUAUCCUUGAAGUUGUAGGCCAUUCAGUUGUAGACAAUCCUGUGGAAGACCAUCAUGUUGUAGUCCAUCCCAUUGUAGAUGAAUCUGUUGAAGAACACUCUGUUCUUGCACAGGCUGUUGUUAACCAUACUGCAGUUAAUCAUGCUUUAGUGGACAUUGUACAUCCUGAGGAACCUUUGAAUAUAACUGACCCUGACCACAAUGACAUACAAGCAACGGAAGCAUUUCAUGAUCUGAAUUCUGCCAAAAUCCAUCCCCAACCUGAAGAAUGUCCUGUAAAGACGAGGUCUAGAGAUCCAGCAAAACCAAAAUCUUCUGAAAGAAAAGAUAAUUCAGUUUAUAAAGGCUCAUCAUCAAAGUCAAAGAAACUCUCCGAAGUUGAAAGAUCUCCAAAGGUUCAGAAAUCUUCAAAGCUAAGAGAUUUUUCUAGGUCAAAAAAGUCGCUAGAGAGAAAACGUUCUCACAAGAAGAAAGUAAUAUCUGGAAAAUUCAAAUUUUCCAUGAUUUCUAGUUCUAAGUUGGUUUCUACAAGGACAUUGAAACCAGAGUUAUCAAAACCAGUUGUUACCAGGUCUCGCUCUCCAAAAUUUAUGAGCCCUGGGCUGCUAGGAAUAAAAUCUAAGGAAGUUUCCAAAAAGUUAUCUGAAAGUAUAGCUCAUCGCCUCAAAGCAUCUGUAUCAGGCAGUUCGGGGAGUGCUAUGGGAAAUAUUCUGUGCCGACCUUUGAGAUCACAAAAGAAGAAACAGAAUGCUGAAGCAAAUGCAGUGACCAAUGAUUGUGCAGAUGAAAAAAAGAAUUCGGGUGAUUUCCUUCCACCACCCCCUCCACUGCCACCACCCCUGCUUCUUACAAAGAAACACAAAUCAAAUGCUGUGGCCCAUUCCAAACAGUCCUUGACUAAAUGCAAAGAGAAGAAAUGCUUUGCUGUCUGUAGAGAGAGCUCUGUAAAAGCCAGUCAAGUGCCUAGCAUACAUGACAAAAACCCCAAACUGAAAUCCAUACCCAAGCAACCUUUACGAAGUCUACGCCGGGACCUACGUAGUAGGAGCAAGUUUAAGAUGCCACAGGCAGAACCUGCUGCAAGUCCAGCCAUUCGUCGGAGCACCAGAGGCCAAAACACAGCCUCGUCGUCUCCAUCUUCAGGAGCAUCAUCAUAUACCGAUAGCCAAGAUGAGACUAAGUCCACAACAUCAUCAACAUCAUUGGUAACAAGACAGUCCAUAGCUAGGAAAGCAAAGGAGAGACUGAUGGUGAAGAGAAAGAGUUCUGCUGCAAUAGUUUCAUCAACUUCUGGAGAAGAGGAUGAUGUCAAAUCGUCAAAACCUAAAAAGGCCAAGGUUCAAGCCCAGCGUAAGUUUGCCUAUCCGCAGGCCUUCAGUCCUGGCUAUACCCCAUCCAAGGUGAAGAAUGGAGAUAUAAACUCUACCAAAUCCUGCAGUAUUUUCAAUCACUGCCCUUCUACUGAAGACUUCUUAACAUUCCUGUGCCUCAGAGCCAGCGAAGUUGGCGUAUUAGACAAAUGGCACAAUAGAUGCAGCAUUCUGUACUCUCUGCAGUCGUCCAGAUCGCCCUAAUUCAAGCACGAAGAGUAUUACAAUAGUCCAGUUUAGAUUGCGCUAAACCACGGAAUGCUGUGUGGCAAGUAGGAGUAUAAAAGGCAAUUCCCAUUGGCCUUUAUUCUUCCAAUCUGUUAGGCUGGUAGGGAGCAGGUUCCAAUAGCCCGAUGAAAGGAGUUACGAAACCAGAUGACUGGGUGCAGAUUCAGGACAACUUCCAUUUCAACUUACAGCAUCUGCAAAAAUAAGAGAAGAAGAGCAUCUGCAAAAAUAACAGAAUAAGAGAAACAUAAAAACCUUUCCUACAUUAACUAUUUAAUAUUCAUUAAAAACUACAUGGUUUCAAUAUCAAUGUCCAAACUUUUUAAAAAAUUAUUUAAAAAAAAUGUGGGGUUUGUUACAUAUUUUAUGCUUCAAAUAUUAACAUGUAAAGUCAAGUUGGGGGAGGGGAGGGGGGGGGGGGCUUGAUGCCCUCAAGAUCUGCACCUCGAAACCAUCUCUGUAUAGGGAAGGACAUUUUAGAGUGAAUUUAUUUGAAAAAAAAAACAUUUCUUUUUUAUAAUUAAUCAUGAUUUUAAUUCAUGUUUUUUUGUGUUUUAAUUGGUUAUGGGAUAAUUCCAUCAGUUUGAAUAAGAAAUUACAAGUUGCCAAUUUCACAUAUAAUUCGAGCAUCUUUUUCACAUAUCUACUGGACUAAUAAUGAAGAUCAAUUCGGAAGUGAUCAUAAAUGCACAUGUUAGGUGUUGAUGUUUCACUUAUGCCUAUCUAUUAUGUUUGAAUUGACAACAGCAUGAACCUUGUAAGAGCAUUAGACAAGCUUUGUAUCAGAGUGGUUACAAAAUUAAAAUUAUUUAACUGCAUCUCAUGUUCAUGCACAUGUAAAUAAUCAAAAUAUCACAAUAAUAAUAAAAAUCCCUUCCAAAAAGGAUAAAUUUGUACUCACCAUUAUAUCUGCAUGAAUAUUGUUCUUUUAAUCCACCUAUAAUGAUACAGCUGAUGAGAGUCUGAAUGAUGGUAUCAAGAUCAAAGCUGAAAUAUAGUUGCUUCAAAUGCAUCUGAUGAUGGUGCUUCUACCAGGGCUGCAAAAAAGAAAAAAAAAACUAAUAGUUUAAAAUGCCAAUAAAUUGCAAAAUCUACAAGAACAUGUCACAGCCAUGGCACAUGCACAGGAGGUAAGACGUAAAAUAUAUGGUGCAGUAAGCCUAAGGGUCCUACAAGUAAAUCUUUGCAUGCACCACUCAUUAAUGUGCAUGCAAUUUCAAUGUUCAAUUUCUAUGUGGAACUGUGACAGCAGUGUCAGUGUGAGGAACAUAUUUAUCCAGCAAGUGUUUGCAGUUUACUUUAU